AUGCAGAGCUUCAAGGAAUCGCACUCCCACGAGUCCCUGCUGAGCCCCAGCAGCGCGGCCGAGGCGCUGGAGCUCAACCUGGAUGAGGACUCCAUCAUCAAGGCGGUCCACAGCAGCAUCCUGGGCCAAGAGUUUUGUUUCGAGGUGACCACGGCCUCGGGGACCAAGUGUUUCGCCUGCCGCUCGGCCGCCGAGAGGGAUAAGUGGAUUGAGAACCUGCAGAGGGCGGUGAAGCCCAAUAAG